AUGGGUUACUGCAAAAACAAGCAUUGCAAGUGCGGAGAUAAAUGUGAGUGCUCUGGAGACAAGUGUUGUGAGAAGUUCUGUUGUGAGGAAGCCAGUGAGAAGAAGUGCUGUCCAGCUGGAUGCAAAGGAGACUGUAAAUGUGCCAACUGCCACUGCGCUGAUCACAAGCAAUGCGGUGACAAGACUCAUGCUCAUCAGGGAACUGCUGCUGCACACUAA